GCCAGCAUCGAUCGCGUGAAUCACCACCAGCGCGCGGAUCCGAGAGCCUUAUUCCUUUGAUAUUUAGACAAGACCGUUCCACUGCUGGCUUUACUUCCUGUGAAUCAUGACUUGAGCGAUUUCAGUGGGUCGAAGCCAGCCGAAGCACAUGUAGCAAUAUGCGCCGGGCGCGCGACCGCGUAAGUCGGCGUUACACACUUAACGCAAUUUCGACACUUAAAACUCGUAUGCGGCUUUAAUGCAAGUUUGUUUAUUUGAUUUAUGGAUUCUAAGAGCAUUUGAGUGGCGAACCGUGUUUUACUAUGGAGUUGCUCUUACGUUAUCUCGUGUUAACAUUGUUUUGGAAAAUGUCAUCAUCGAUUCGUUGCUACAUAUGUGUGCCCGAACAAACAUACGAAGGUAUACCAUUAUGUGAAACCUUCGACGGCAGUGACAGAUACCUGGGUGAUUGCGAACAUUCCACUAUGUGUUUUAAGAGAGAAACCUCAUUAGAUUUAGGAAAUGGAAAGUCGGUUGUGUCCAUAUCUCGAGGGUGUGCUGCGCAAACAAUGAGCGGUAAUCAAGAGAAAAUCAACGGCAAAUGGACACCAGUGGACACCAUUUACGAAGUCUACAAAGAUGGUUGCCAAGAAGUUCCUAACUUGUUAGACAGACCCACAAAGACUUUAAACUGUUACUGUCGUGGGGAUCUUUGUAAUAGCUCGUAUCAAAAUCAGUUAAGCUACUUCUCAAUGCUGUUAAUCCCGUUGAUAUAUUUGUUACGGUAGGCACGGGAUGGAAAAUUAUCUUUAGGACUGUUUAAAUUAUUGAUUCUUUAUGCCAUUGGGCAAAUAUGGCUCGCGUUGUCUCCUCAUUUCACAUUCUGUAUUUUCUUUUAAUUUAAGUAAACGCUUUAUUAUAUGUUAAAAGAUACGUAAGCCAUCGAAAGUUGAGGUUUUUUAUUAUCUAUGAACAAGUCACUUUGACGAAAUACUUUUCUAACGUAAAUAUAAGACAUAAGUGCUCUCAAAUACAAUUUUAAAGAGUAAUGAAUCCAAAGACAUGUGAAAAUGUUAAGCAUCACACGAGCUUUAUGAACAACUACCUAGUCAUAAUCACAAUUGAGUUAGGUUAUUAAUAAAAUUAUUGUUAUGUUAAAUGCUCUAUACUGCCAAGGAUAUAGUGUUUAUAAAACAUUAGCUGUAGCUUGUACGUUUAUACCUACAAAACUUUAUGUCGUAUGUUUUACUUCUAUGUGUAUGUAAAAAUUUUAAUAUUUAAUGAUGUUGUCAUUCCUCAAGUCUUUAGAUUUAAAUACAGGAUAACUUAUUUGAAAA